AUGGUUGAAAUGUUUAAAAACAUGAAAGUAAUUAAUAAGUAUGAUGGAUCUGAUGUGACUAAAAUAGUAAAUUUUAUUAAUGGUUUGUUGAUUACCAUAUCGGGUUUGAUAAUGUUGUGGAAUACCUUAAACCCUGAACAAAAAAAAGGAUUUGCCCUUCAGACAGGUCGAAUCAGUCAAGACUGCUUAGAAAAUUUUUUCGGAAUAUUUCGUCAACAACAUGCUAAUAGUUAUAAUCCUACACCUAUUCAGUUAAUUUGGGCCUAUAAAAAAAUAUUUUGCCUUGAAUAUUUCAAGCAUUCUCUAAAUGCGAAUUGCAUUGAAGAUCUUGAUAGUGUUCUUUGUAAAGUAAAUUAA